UGUCCUCUGUUGCAGUGUAUCUUAACAAGCCAUUAGAAUUGUAAGGUAUAAUAUAUUUAUUUACCAACGUAUGAAGCGUAUUUAAAGGUUUAUAAACAAUCUUGAGUACAAUAAAAAUACUAUCAACAUGGAAGUUGCUCCGAUGGGUAAUUUGCCUUGUAGCAAAGAACUUUGGUCUAUAAUAUCAGCCACAACGUGUUGUUGUGCUAGUGAUACUGUUGAAGAUGAAAUAAACAAUAGUACCAUAUUACUCAAGAAAGGGCUCCAAUUUUUCAAGCCGUAUACAGAUGAAUCGUUACAAAGUAUUUCUAAGAGAAAUCCUCCUCCUCUUGCUCAGAUGUAUGAUUUGAUUAGUAGAUUAGCCCCACUUCUUAACUUGGAUGUUACGAUUACUUGGGAUCUCGUAUGCAAUUUCGUCUCCUAUGAAUACAGAAAUUGCGCCGAGACUUUUGCAUCGCAGCUCUCCGACCUCACUUCCAUGAAAAUCCUAAUCGAUGAUAUUUGGAGUUUUUACUACUCCGAGAGGGUGACCUUGAUAAAAUGCCUGAAGCUCAUGAUCGAAUAUAAAGACAAUAAAAGGCAUCCUCAUCACAAGGAAUUUGCCAAGUUUUUCGAUAAAAUUCUGAUGAGAGAUCUCUUUGAGUCUAUACGAAAGCAGAUCGAGACAUUGAAAUUCGUAAGCGCGCCUGUACGAUCGCCAUUAUGUACAGAAGAUCAUUUGCACAGAUUAUACAAUAGCACACUGGUCGAAAUGCGUGAGCUGCUUCAUAUACUGACUGUGAUUGUACAUGACAUUCAUGUCGCCGAUAAUGAUUUCCCCAAAUUUUACGGAAGUAUCGGGGGUGAACCUAGACGUUUAGCAAGUACAAAGAGUCACGAGGACAAGGAAGCUAUAAUUAAAAAGAUCGAAGAGAUACAGUACAGUCAGGUAGCCUUACUACUUGUAGCUAUGGACGUCAGGAAGCACACUGCUAUGGAAAACUGGAUAACUAACGUAAGAGGCAAUAUGCAGGAAACCUUUGAACGCAAGUGCGUCCGUGAAAAUUUACCGCAGGACGGGCCGUUGCUUCUGUCAUGGAUGCUGGCUAAUUACGCGAUCGAUCCGGAUAACAUAGAUGUGUUAAAUCGCUUCAGACCUUUCGGCAUCAAGGCCAUACAGCUCGACGUGUUUCACUACCUGAAAGAUUUACUGAACUCCGAGAUGAUUCAAGAAGAGACCCACUAUGCCGAAGUGGCGCGAAGCAGCGUUUACAAUCUUCUCACUUUGGUGUGUGCCUUCAUCGACGAGGAUCGGCUGAGCGCUUUAAACGGCAUCUUCGACGCGAUGGCCGCUGCCGUCAAGUUUCCGGAAUGCGCGGCUCGAUUCUGGGACGAGCGGGACGAGGGUUUAUGGCCGAUUUACAAAGUUGCCGCUGAAUUGUAUCCCUACAAGUUCGAGCCUUUAACCAGCAUAGCUAUCGGUCUGGCAUCCACGACCGUUGCGAGCGCCGAGAAGAUCGCCUCGGAAUUGGACAAUCUGCCAUCGCUGACUAUAGAGAUUCCCCGGCAGAGAGAUUGCAGCAAGCCGCUACAGCCGUACGAAGCGGAAUGCGUAAUUCAAAGGAACUCCUUUACCAUACCGGACAAUUGUGUUCGCGAGAACAUCUUCGUGCUGUCGAGCGAGAAGGAAGUGGUCUUGUUUCGUACCAAAGCCAACUAUUGGGAUGCUCUGCAUCAUAAGAUCGAGCAGUUGUUUUCUCAAGCGAGCGGCGGGAUCGCGAACAUCAGCGCGGUGAUGACCGACUUGCCGGAGAACGUUUGUCAGGGCCUGAGACUGCUGGAAGCGCUACUGGCCAAAGACAUGGAAAUACCGCUGAGCAUGGUGGCUCCCACGGAGCUGAGUUUCGAAAUCGUCAACCGGUUCUCGUAUCCGGCGCUGCCGAGGAACCUGUACAAAAUCAUCGCCGUGUGCAUCAGUCUCUCGUCCAGGCUGGUCCUGAGGUACCCCGAGGAUAUCCUCCUGCGUAUGCGGUCGGGUGUUUACCCCAAAUUCAACAACUGGUAUCAAAAGCCGGCGGACUUCGCGGAAGCGAUCUCCUUCGACGGCGGUCUCGUGGCGUCCUGGCUCUCCGGGAUAGAAACCAUCGAGCACACUUAUCCCAUUCUGCGUGCUUUCCUGGAAACCCUGUACAAUUACCUGAUCGCCAAGCAUAGUAAAGAAGCUAUGUAUACGAUCGAGAUACCGGGCAUGGUGUUUCUGCUGCAAGGUGUGCUACCCAAGCUGGACUCGUGGUACUUCGAGUCGAACGCCGAGAGGAUCGACCUGUGGCUGAAGAGUAUGUUCUGUAUACAUCGCGCUCUGGACUCGGCACUGCCCAAGAACGACAUCCGUAACGAGUUACAGCAUGUAGUGGUGUACAGCCUGCUCUACUUGGAGCCGCGUCACGCGCUGCUCAAGUUAAUACGGACCGGUGAACGGACGUUGCACAACAAAAUGAUAACCGAGACAGAUUGGAUCAGCGGGAAAGGCUUCAAGACUACCAAGAGCGUGGAGCUGGCCCUGUCGAUAGUGAACAGACUGCUGAUGUUCAGGAAGUCCCUGGGUCUGGAGCCGCGCGACAGAUCGCCCCUCGAGAUCGCCCUUUAUUCCUCCCCAUUGGUACCGAACGGGCUCUUGAUAGUGCCGACCAUCGUCAAUUACCUGUACGUUUGGUUCAGCCCGUCGUUGCAGAAAAUGGCGGUCAGACUGUUGAAGAAGUUCGCGGAGGAGUUCUCCAUGUCGCUGCUGGUCUGCAUGGGGAUGGACGGCACGUCCAUACGCGAGACCUUCGCGUUCCGGCUGACGUUGCCGACGUGCGCGAUCGAGGUGAAGGUCGCCAUUCUGGAACUGGUGGCCGUGUGCUUGGAGAAGCAACCCGGCCUGACCGAAGCCCUCUUCAACAUCAUGCACCAAGCGGAAUGCAAGAGGAUCUUCCCACGUCCGGCCGAUGAGUUUCUCACGGAGGGCUGCAGCCAGUUCUUGGACUCGUAUUUGGAACGCGUGUACAAGGAGGACGACAUCGUGUGCGACAAGCUGUACGACAGCACGAUGACGGUGAUGCGCGCCAUGUGGUAUCACAGGAACGAGAUCCUCGUGAAUUUCUUCCGGAAGCGUGAGAAGUUCUGGAGCUACCUGUUCGCCCCGCUCUUCAAGGCCCUCGUGCCCGGCGCGAAGGGUUACUCCCAAUUGUUGGACAUAAUCACGCUGGAACUGUACAAGAGCCCGUUGCUCGAGAAUAACUUCUCGAAGAAUCUGAAGGAGCUCCUGGACAAGUCUCAGGAUUAUUGGAAGAAGCUGGCGAUGUACGUUCUCUACACCGACGAGCGCUGCAGGGCGGCCGAGGAGGAUCGGCGUUGCAAACACGCGGACCCGUUGUACGAGAUCAACUUGGAGUCGUGGUACCACUUCAUCGUCAUGCUCACCGACGACCGGACAGCCAAGAACUACCCGAUCAACGUGUCCCAGGCGCACCUUCUCAGCCAGCUCGCCCUGGACUCCUUGCUGGAGCGUGUGAAGGAACCGGACAGCAGCGGCGGCAAGAUCCCGAUGUUGUUGGCCUCCUUGUCUCUGAGGUGCAUCACCUCGUGGAAGCAGAUGUGCGUCGGCGACUCGAGGAUCUUCAAGGCCAGACUGUCGCAGCUCACGCAGGAGGUGGCCCAGACUUAUCGCGGCUUCGGCAAGGCUCUGCGACAGACGCUGAUCUCGUUGCUCCUCGGCUGCGUGCAGCUGGUGAAGAGCACCUUGGCCGAGGACUCGGCGAGCCUCGAGUACCUCUUGGCGCACUCCUGCACGAUCGCUUUCAGCGAAUUGGAGGAGCUGAAGGACGCCGCUCGCCGGCUGGAGCACCGGAAGCAGCAGCUUCUCUCCGUCGAGCUCAAGACCGACGAGAAGGACACGCAGAAGAAGGCCGACUACAACAACGCGGAGGCGCUGCGCGGUAUGCGGGAGAGUCUGCCGGCGACCUUGUCCAUCUGUCUGGUGACGCAGCUGCUCCGUUCCUACGUCGAGCGCAGCUCGGGCUCCAAGAGCCGGAGAGCCAAUUGCGUGCAGCUCCGUCAGAUGAUACCCGAGCUGAUGGCCUGCGUCGGCAACACAUUACAGAAGUACCCGUACCUCAAGUUUAGCACCGCCGCCUUGAGCCUUCUCGGUGUGAUAUCGCGUUCCCCUUACUGUCCCGUUAACGACAACGACAUCACGAAGCUAUGGCUCGGCCUGAUCCCGCCGGCGGACAUCGGCAACAGCAUGCUCGACUCCUUGUACGACGACUCGGCGAACGGUAGGUGGCGCUGCCAAGACUGGUGGCCGCUCUACACGCUCGGUCUAGAGUUCCUCAUCGGCCUGGUCACCAGCGAGACGCACAUGAUUUACGCCGAGCACGUGGCCCUCUUCUUGAACUCCCACGAGCACCAGCUGAUGGUCGUGUCGACGUUGCUGAGGCACACCGCCGAUCUGUUGGCCGCCGAUCUGAUACAAUCGCUGGCCGCUCUCAUUCACGCCAUAGCCACGCAAACGUACAUCUGGAACGCGAUUCAGCCGGGCGUGCGCGACACGCUGAUCAAGUGCAUGUAUCUGGCCUACGACAGCACGGUGAACCUGCUGCUGAGGCCGCGGAUACUCAAGUUCAUCAUCGACGGCAUCAGCGUGGAGAGCGCCGAGGAGCUCGAGUCCUGCGACAAUCGACUGCCGAGCGGCGAGCUGAAGCUGCUGGUCAACAAGCUGAUCGUCAUCAACACCACUUGCGCCCUGACCUUCGUCCACUUCUCGCCGAAGCUGAACACCCUCGUGGACACGAUCUACACUCAGGAUUACUGGUACACGCCGAUGGCGGAGAUGAACUUCGGCCCGCCGCAGAUGAGCAUGAGCUCCGGCCCGCGGCUCACUUACGGCACGAUCAUCAGCUCGACCCAGCUGUUCACUCAGGCCCUCCACUCUCGCUCGCAGCCGACGGUCUCGCUGCCGGCGGCCGCCUCGCAGCCCGGACGGGAGGACAAGACGGACUCGGCGAAGAAGGAGUGGGAACGCGCCGCGCCGGAGAACCUGCGGCGCAUGCACACCAGCAAGGAUCUGCGCAGGAUCAUUCACGCGGCCUCGGCCUCCACGUCCAGGACGUCCGCCGGUAUCGGCGGGGAGUUCCUCGGCUACGUCAGCGGCCUGGACGUCACCGUGCCGUUGCUCAGCAGUCCCAGGCUGGUGCGCCGCCCGUACGACCCGCUGAUAUGCGAGAACACCAUCCUCUCGAGGGCGACCGCCCUGGCGACCGGCAGACACGUCGCGAAGAGCAGCGGCGGGCCUGGCAACGGUAGUCCGAACAUCGCGAGGAACCAUCGCUUCAGCGACCCGUGGUUCGAGUCCAUGGACGAGAACAACACGCGACUCGCGCUGGAGAUCAACCUGAUCCUCAUACUGUCCCAGGCGUUGGAGGGCGUGAAGAGCCCCAGGCUCGCGUUGCGCGACCGUCAGCUGAUAGCGCGCGAGACCGCCACCGAACUGGGGGUCUUCUUCGAUUUCCUCGAGCACCGCGGCACCCCCGAUAUCUGGCAGGUGAAGGGCUCCUUGAUAGACGCCGACACCAAGAGCUCCAGGACGAUCCAGAGCACGGGCGACCUGGCGCAGACGUAUCUGCCGGCGAGGCUGCGGGGGAACAGUACCGUCGACAAGGCACCGGUGUGCUCGCCCGAUCAUCGCGAUCACUCAUCCGCGGAGAUGACACCGGAGAAGAGGCUGGACGACAGUAUCCUCACUACCGGCGCGUUCAAGGCGAACGUCAGCAGCGUGCAGUUCCUGCCGCUGAUGGGCAAGUUGCUGAAGACGGUCGUCGAGUCCUUGGACUCGGCGCAGUUCCGAUAACGGUCGUGAGAUCGCGCUUUUGGAAUACGGAAGCUUGCAUCUUCCUUCCGGAAAGAAGUCUCGACAUUCCAAGGCUGCGUCCCGCGUUCGAUCACAGAGCGUUCACCCGGGCUUCUUUCUCUGCUGAACGCAGCCAUCUUCAUAAAAUUACAAGUCAGCCAUUCUGCCGAAGGCGCUUUGCGGUUACUUCGAGACGUUCACAAGUGUUAGUCGACAAUAAUGAGUCGUGAUAAAUAUGUUAAUGUCUCUGUUAUCUCG